GCUAACGUUGUUGCUAACGUUACUGCUAACGUUGUUGCUAACGUUACUGCUAAUGUUGUUGCUGAUUUGGUUUUUGCAUUAAACAAACCGCUCAACUGUUUGCUCCUGAAGACAUUCAGCUGUUUCCAUUCAUCAGUUCUUCUCCAAUGUGACAUUUUCUCUACGUGAAUGCUUGUGAGUCAGAUUCCUGAGUUUGAGUUGUUCCCCCGUCCCGGUCCAAUCGGAGCGUAUCGUCCCGCAGACAGACAGCUGGGUCUGCUCAGCUGUUUCCUCCGAGACGGCUGGAUCCUCAGCUGGAACGAGUACAGCGUCUACGUCCUGGACUCUGUCAACCAGGUGCUGAUCGGAGCGUUGGAAAGCAGCGGAGACAUUGUGUCAGUAUCGUGUUGUGACAAUGAAAUAUUCAUCCUGAAAGGAGACCGAGACAUCAUCCGUCUCUCCAACAGCCCCGAGGGACUGGCCCCCAACUUGUCUGAGUUCUCCGUCCGUCUGUCCUCGCCACUGGCCACGCCCACCGUCCUCCCACCAACCGGAUCAGUGGAAACGGCUCAGCCAAUCAGAACCAUGGCUAUCAUCGUGGAGGGAGGGGGCCGGGAGGAGGCGGGGGGGCGGUGGGAGAAGCGGAGCGAUGACGGAGAGAAAGAGACGGAGGAGGAAGGAGUGGAGGAGGCCGAGGAGCAGCUGGAGGUGAUGGAGCAGUCGUCUCGCAGCCGCAGCAGCUCUGUCACUUCCUGGGACAGUCUCCAUAGCAACGCGACUUCCAGUCUCCAUAGCAAUGCGACUUCCUGCGAGCUGAGACGCUACAGCGCCCCGCUGAGUCAGGGGGAGGAGACCCAGGACCUGGUGGUGAAGGCCAUUAGGGUGAAGAAGAGGAGGAGGAGACAAGACAGCACCAGUCGUCUCUCUGAGAGCAGCUGCUCUGACUCCAUGUUUGUAGUCCAGGACGGCAGCUGCUCUGACUCCAUGUUUGUAGUCCAGGACGGCAGCUGCAGUGAUGGAGGAACUCCUCUGAGUGACAGAGUGUCCCUCGUCAGUCAGGACCUUCAGAACUCAGAACAGACCCAGGACCUGAACUCUGCAGAACAGACCCAGGACUCAGCGAGGGAAGAGGAGGCGGAGUCUGGCCCCCUCCCCCCCCCAGGCUCUCUGCCCCUCCAGGUCCUGCAGACCCAGGAUGACCCAGGCUCGGCCUCUGGUUCCGGGGCAGAGGCGGAGGCCAUCCCCCCGACUCCAGAUGUGGACCUGCUGCUGGAGUGCAGUUUCUCCUACCUGCAAAACGCAGAGGAGCCGAUGGAGCAGCCAAUGGAGCAGCAGGAGGAGUUCCUGAGCCCUCUGAUUGGACCAGAGGAGGAGAUUUUUCCCUCCGUUGUGUCCGGUCUGGACAGGAAACAGAGCGAAUCCAGUGAUGAGGACGGAGACAUCUACGCUCACACUCUGCCCCCUGCUAGCAGCGCCGGGGAACACCUCCACUCUCCGUCCAAUCACACACCAGACACACAGACAGACCAGGAUGUUCAGGGGAAACACACACCUGACCAGCUGUCAGAAAGCUGGAUGGGAUUCUCAGGACCAGGAUGUGGAAUACUGAGCCUACAGGUGACUGACAGACAUGUGUGGUGUCUGGACUUUAAAGGCGGACUGUUCUGCAGCGCUCUGCCUGAAACGGGACUCAACUGGCAACGCUUUGAAGACAAUGUCCACCAGGUGGCCCUGUCCCCCUCAGGUAAUCUGCUGUGGAAGGUGGAGCAGAAGAGCAUGACGGCGUUUGCAUGUGCGAAGGUUUCGGGGAAGGCGAAACGGCACUGGUACAAAGCUGUGGAGCAGACGGCCUUCGUGGCGCUGAGCGACGACUCUGCCUGGAUCAUCCUCACCAACGGAGACCUCUACCUGCAGACAGGUCUGAGCGUGGAGCGUCCCUGUGCUCGCUCGGUGAAGGUGGACUCUCCGUGCGUCUUCAGCCAGGUGUGUGUCAGCGGAGGCGUGGUCUGGGCUCUGAGCGAACACAAGGCUCUGUUCUACCGAGAGGGACUCAAUAGCUUCUGCAGAGAGGGAGAGGGCUGGAAGUACGACACUGUCAGCGAGGCUCAGGGUCUGGACUUGAUGUGUGUUGGCCUGACAGAAGGAGGAACCGGCUGGGCGCUGGAUGCCAGCGGCAGCCUCUGGUUCAGAACUGGCGUCUGCCCGUCUAGACCUCAGGGGAAUGACGACCACUGGUGGCAGAUCAGUAUUUCGGACUACGUGGUGUUCGAUCAGGGCAGUCUGUUCCAGACGCUGCUGCAGGCUACACAGAGUGUUGCCACGGUAACCAGGGCGCCGGUGGAGCGCGUGGUGGCCUUCCUGUCACAGCACUCGCAGUGCCAGCCGAGCCUGGUCAGCGCCAACAGCAGCGGAGUCUGGGUCGCCUCGGGACGGAACCAGCUGCACCUGGCCCGCGGCAGUCUCAUCGGAACUUUCUGGCAGAACGUGGUUCCAAGAGGAACCGUCUCCGCUACGAGGUGGACCUCCAUCGCGUCUUCAGCUGUGCCGCACAGAGAAGGUACGUUCCUGUGGUUGGCUCAGAGCAGGAAGGAUCUGUUCUGUGUCUGGGAUCAGGAUGGAGAGCUCCGCCCCUCCUCCGUCCCUCUACCAGUGGAGAUGGAGCUGACCCAGCUGUCCGCCUGUCGGGAUGCUCUGUGGGGUUUAGACACUCAUGGCCGAGUCAGCAUCCGGACGCUGUCUCCGUCCUGUCCCUUCGGACUCAACUGGACCCCCCUGGACCUCAGCCAGCUCGGAAGUGUGCGUCUGGUCAGUGUGAGCUGUGGCAGUCAGAACGUCUGGGCUGUGGACGGUCGAGGAGUCGUUUACUUCAGAGUCGGAACCCAACCUCUGAACCCGAGCAUGAUGCUGCCGGCCUGGAUCCACAUCGAACCCCCUGAACAGCCAAUGGGAGUGCAGCUGGUUAGCAUUCAGACGAGUCCUAAUGACCGUCUCCUCUGGGCGUUGGACAAUCGAGGAAGUGUCUUCGUCCGGACCGGACUCAGUGAUGAGAUGCCUGUAGGGACAGACUGGGAGCUGGUUCCAGGGUUAGCCGUGAGUCAGCUGGUCCUCAGCUCCCGGACGGUUUGGGUGCGGUGUGCAAACGGAGAAGUGGCUCGGCGUUACGGCGUCUCUGACAGAAACCCUGCAGGAGAUUACUGGAAGAAGAUCCCUGGAAACACCAACUGGUUAACAGUGACUCCGGAGGACGAACUGUGGGCGGUGACUCCGAUUGGUGGGUUGUCCCGUCGCCUGACGAAGCUCCUCCCACAGACUCCCUGUAGGCCCGCCCCCUCUGGCCCCACCCUCAGCAUGGACGACGGCGACGACGAAUGGGAGCUCAUCUGACCCCUGACCUCUGCUGGGGAGGCAGUGAUGUCACAGUGACACCACUUCCUGUUUACUAACUUAUGCUGCGUUCAUGCCACCUCGGAAUAACAGGCACCGCCCCCCUGGUUACGUUGUUUUUCCGACUG